AUGAUGGAAACAACGCUCGGAUGGGUUAAUGACGCAUUCUUUAAAUUUGUUAUUGGCGUAUUCAAAUUGAAAACAAUUUUUUUUCUCACUGGGAAUUCUCAACUUUUCCAUUCAUGCAAACAUUACGAUGUGUUGCGUGUGCGUGUGCAUGUGUGGAUAGGACUUUCAAGACUUCAAGAUAAGAUAGGACGAAAGUUCCCAUCUGUUACGGUAUCAGUGGAUCAGCAAAAUAAUAACUCUUCCGGAAGUUCACCUUCAACAAUUACAAUGGUUCGAAAGAAGCCAGAUGGCACUAAUCACUGUAACGGAUCGGAUAGUACUGAUUAUUAA